ACCUGAAUCGAAUGACUAGAUAAGGGUCGUUCGAGUGCUGUCCGGAAACAUAAUACUGAGCCUGAACCCGAACCCGGUUGUGUCAUGAUGGAACUGCAACUGCCGACGACUGGCACCAUGUUCAAUCGGUCCCUGAUAUAUCUGGAACUGGUUGCCGUCAGUUCACCAACCGCAACCCUAACCGGCAAUAGUACCGGUGGUUUCGUGACCGGAUUCGACCUGCUGCUACCCCAGCAACCGUUCGUGAACACAAAUCAAACCACCGUGCAGGGCGAUGAUGGCGAUGGUGCACUGGUUAACGAAAAUUUCGGAACUACGGCGGAUUCGAUUUGCAUAAUCCUGCCCAUCACCAUUUUCUACUGCUUCAUCUUUGUGGCCGGCAUCCUCGGUAAUCUGGCCAUCUGCAUAGUGAUUGCGAGGAAUCGUUCCAUGCACACGGCCACCAACUACUAUCUGUUCAAUCUGGCCGUGUCCGAUUUUCUGCUGCUGCUGUUCGGAAUGCCACUGGAAGUGUACGGUACCUGGUAUCCGUACGCGUAUCCGUUCAACCAAGUGGCAUGCAUAAUCACCGGACUGCUCUCGGAAACGGCUACCAACGCAACCGUACUGACAAUCACUUCAUUCACCGUCGAACGGUACAUUGCCAUUUGCCACCCGUUUCGGUCCCACACAAUGUCGAAACUGUCACGGGCCAUCAAGUUUGUGAUCGCAAUCUGGUUGAUAGCAUUCGGAUUGGCCACCCCCCAAGCGCUCCAGUUCGGAGUGGUGGAAACUGUCAACUCACGGCUCUGCACGAUAAAAAACCGCCACUUUGAGCAUGCCUUCGAGGUGUCCAGCUUUCUGUUCUUCGUCGGUCCGAUGACGGUCAUUGCCGUGCUGUACGUGCUAAUUGGAAUCAAGCUGCGGAAGAGUAAACUACUGCAGGCCGUAAAACGUCAGGGUGCGGCAGGAAGUGGCACUGGGAAUGGUGGCACCAGCAGUUUCAACACCACAUCCGGUGGUGCGGGAAGCCGUGGAAUCACCGGUCAAACACGUGUGAUACGCAUGCUGGUGGCUGUCGUGGCGACGUUCUUCUUCUGCUGGGCUCCAUUCCACGCACAGCGGCUGCUGGCGGUGUACGGAGCCGUCACCAACACGGACAACGAAUUCUUCUUCACGGUUUACACUGUCCUGACGUACAUUUCCGGCAUUCUGUACUUCCUAUCAACGUGCAUCAAUCCGUUGCUGUAUCACAUCAUGAGUCACAAAUUUCGUGAUGCGUCCAGGCGCACCCUGAAACUGAGCUGCUGUGUGGCGGAACGGAAACGAGCUGAGAACCAGAACCACACGUACAGUGCCCUAUCACGGUACGGGAUGACCGGUGGUUCCUUCAAGAUGAACUCCACCCUGGGCUACGGUAACGUGAUGCAUCCAAUGCGAACCCCUACCGAUAUGCAAUGCUCCGGUCAUCAGGAGUCGGACAUGUCACUACUCCGAUGCGAACCGGGCCGCCACAAUCCCAAGUCGGACGUCCAGUGCGUUUCGGUCAGCAGCCAAUCGACGAUCAUGACUAACCUCAGCGGAAAUGGCCGGCCACGGUCAUCGUCGAGUGAAAGAAAGCAACCGAAUGGACGGCUUACGGCACACCGUCCCAAAUCCGGUAGUUUUGGUUCCAGAAACAGCAUUCGGGUGAACGAAGCCGGCGGAUGCGCGCUGGAGAAUGGGGAACCAGGAGGCAAACUAUCAACCAUUGCGGAAAAGCUACGACGUGGAACGAAACGAGUUCUUCAACUCAGCAAAUCUCCGGCAACUUCCCCGUCGAAGGAUGAUCCAGCGCUUCCAGGUUCAGGACAGGAUCGAGACAGCAAACGCAGUCGGUUGAAAAAGAAGAAAAGUGUUGAUUCGGUUGAUACCAACACGAUUAGUAAUUCAAGCUUGAAAGAGUUCGACGAGGAGGAGUUCUCCAGUGCCGAGUUGGCUCGAUUUAUGGGCGAGGUCAAUAACGAAAUUCGCUGAACCGUCGUACAAGUAUUUCUGAAGUACAAAGAAACUAAUGGAAAAGAGCUUUUGGGUGUGUGAGCAACUGUUGUACAGUGAAUUAUACUGGCCUCAGGACUCAGAAAUUAUUUGGUGAUGACUUUACCGUCAAACAAAUGCAAAAAUGGAGCUACGAAAAGAAUCACAAGUGGAAAUUAAACAUAAGAAAAUAGUUUCCAUAAGGACUUUCAAUUAAUUUUCCUUCGGAACGCAGCUCUGCAAUGGCAAAUAUUUUGUUGUUAGCUUCUGCCAACGUCGCGUGCUACUUUUUUUUAGCUUUUCUAGUAUAUAUCAAGGAUCAACACGAUCCGUAUCAGGAAGUGCUAAGUAUUACCGAAGGUGAAUACAUA